GGGAAAAAAACUGAAAUGUCAAUUGGAAAUUGCAAUUGGCCCGACGAUAUCCGAAUUCCGAAAGCAAAAUAAAAAGAGGCGUAAACCGUUCAUAAAUCUAAUUAUUACAAUAAUUUAAAAUGAUUCGCUUCAUUUUAAUACAAAACCGCGCUGGUAAAACUCGGUUGGCAAAAUGGUAUAUGAACUUCGAUGAUGAUGAAAAACAGAAACUAAUAGAAGAAGUACAUGCUGUCGUGACAGUACGAGACGCUAAACAUACAAAUUUUGUUGAGUUCAGAAACUUCAAAAUUGUUUAUAGACGAUAUGCUGGCCUCUACUUCUGUAUAUGUGUGGAUGUAAAUGACAAUAACUUAUGCUAUUUAGAAGCUAUACACAAUUUUGUUGAAGUCCUUAAUGAAUACUUCCACAAUGUUUGUGAAUUGGAUCUGGUAUUUAAUUUUUAUAAAGUGUACACUGUUGUGGAUGAAAUGUUUUUGGCUGGUGAGAUAAGAGAAACAUCCCAGACUAAAGUUCUAAAACAACUUCUUAUGUUGAAUUCUUUAGAGUAAAUCAUUAAUUAUUGGAUACUACUACCACAUUUGUAACAAAUCAUCUAGUAUUACUGUUAUGUCUAGCAAUAUUUAGUGUAGAAAAUUGUUGAAAAAAGAUUGUCAAGUUAUGAUUAUGUUCAAUCUUGGAGAGCUUUAGAUGUUUCUUGUAUAGUUAUGUGGAGUCGGUGCCCAGUGCACUGUGCGGGAAAAAAGGCAAGUGUUUCCAGACCUUUCAUUGUAUCAACAUUAUGAAAUCUCAUUAAUUCUAAGUAUUGCUGAAUGAAAUUCUAACAAUUUACAGAAAUGUUGAAGUUGCUCUAUGUAUAUCAUUUUUGGGUCUACUAAAGUAACCAGUACCUAUAAUAUUUUCUAUUUGUCUUCUCUGAGUUUUAUAUUGAGUGUGUCCUCAAAUGUAAUGGUCAAAAUAUAAUAUGUAAAUGUCAUACUUCACAGGGAGCAUUCACCUGUAAUUUUAUGUUACAGAUUCCAUGUCAAAUUUAAUGUUCCAUUACAGGCCAUUCCAUCUACAGGUGUGAUGUAACACUCGAAGUUGAAUCUAAAAUGUUAUAUUACAGGUGAAUGCACGGUGGGGCAGCACCAUUCCAAAAAGGUUUCUAUCGGGAAAGUGUAAAAACUGUUUCUUUUAUCUACAUUUUAUUUAAUGUAUUUAUUAUUAUUAUAAAUAUUUCAUAAAUAAAUAGUGUCAGGUUUGGCAAAAACAUAUUAUAACAUUUCUUAAAAUGUAAUUCCUGCCUUUAAAAUGUAAUAUUGUAUGAUACAGUAAAAAUAGAAACUGCAGGUACAAAAUAUUUGCUUAGCCUGAUUCACAAAUAGAGAUUUAUGGAUCUUAAGACAUUGUAUAGUCUUGUAUUAAUGUUAAAUCAUAUUAUUUGUUACUUAUUUUUACUUUUAUUGUGCUUUACAUUAUUUGGAUUAUGAUAAAUGAAAUACUUGAAUGAUAUUGCUUUUUGAUAGAUUUUUGUUAGUUUACACACAAUAAUAUUUGAAUAUAUGAAGCCCUUAAACUGCAACGGGAGAUUGUUAAUUGCAAAAUAUCAAUCAUAUACAUUUUUUAUAGUUAUCUACAUUAUUUGUAGACUUAAGACACUCAUUGGUAAUCCUGAUAAUACCUCUAACAGUGGGUUACAUAGGCCAUGUGGACCCAUAAACCACUUGUCUUCAAAAAACUUAAACUGAGUCAAGCGAUAACUCCUCAGUUCUGAAAUUUAAACAACUUUUUGAUAUCGAGCUUGAGUCUGGCUCUUGAGUUUGCUCAGAGCCUCUUCUUGCAUAAUAUUUUUUCUAAACAUACAGAUGUCAUUAACGAAUGAAACCUGGGAUAUUUUUAAAAGACAAAAUUCUAAUUAUUUUCAAAUAUGUAGAAUUGUAUUGUUUAUCAUUUGUGCUAGAAAUGUUAUUAUGAAAAUAAUUCCAAGAUUUAAAACUGUAACAAUUCAAUUGCAGAAAAUUUAUUGAAGUAGGUGUUACUUUGCGGAAAUCCAUGAUUAUUCAAAUGUUUUGAGUUUUCUUUUCUUUAGUGUUAAUUCCGCCAAUUCUUCAUCUUAAAACAAUUCGACACGUGUUUCGCCUCUACACAAGGCAUCCUUAGGACAUGUUGACUCACCAAACUAAGUAGUUCGGUAUCAAAUUGUUUUAAGACAAAUAUUGAAUUAACUCUAAAGAAAACUCAAAACCAUUUCGAUAAUUCAAUUGUAUUAAACUCAUUCCAAUUGCUUGUGUUUUUUUAGUUAGAUCUAUACUAACUGUAGUCAAAUAGUUUUAUUUAUGUUUCAACCAUCUAUUGAUGAGAAAACUAUUGUAAACACAUAAAAUUUAUUUAAAUAUUAGAGUAAUCUUAUAUAUGUGUGCAACAUUAAAAUAAAGCAAUUAUUAUUACCA